CCAACUGCCAAGCAGCCAAGAUGUCGAGCUCUAAAGUUGCUCUCCUUAUCCUGGUCAUUGUUUGUUUGGUCCUCAUUGCCUGGGCUCGACCCCGGUCCCGAUCCUCGAUAUACAACGAGGUCACAUCCCUGCCGGCGGAGCGGAGGAUGAGCAACGAAAUCAUGGACCAGAUAUCGCCCUUGAGGAGGCCACACAAGAGGAACUUCUUUGUGAAGAAGCGCCCUUUCGUCAGCUCCAAGAUGAUGAUGUCCCGGAGUCCCUUUCUCGAUCGUUUCUACAGUGAUCUUCAGCCCGAGAUCGCUGCCGGUGGAGCCAACUACUUUGGCAAUGAAGUCAUGCCGAUGCCCACCUACGAGAUCCUGGAACCAGAAUCUUUGUUUUAAAAAAAGAAGAACAAAGGGAAUUUAUUUUUAAACUAAGUUUAAUCAAGUUCAUUUUAGUCCAUACGUAAUCGAAUUAAAUACAAUUUAAUUUUAAUACUGACAUUUCUUUAAAAUAAAGAAUGAAAAUAAUUAUUUAUGUCAACAAUUUCAAAAUAUAAAAAAC